CUCUCUCGCCCUUCCCUGUCUUCUUUCAUCUUCUCUCUCUCGGCAUCUCUUCUUCUCCAGAGACGGAGGAACGGAAAACCCUUCCAGAGAAAAACCUCGGUCUCUGCCGUUGUUUGGUUAAAUGGAAAAUCUUGAAGCUUUCUCGUGGAGAGGAAAUAUCGGAGAGUAGUCAAAGGACACCUGGAUCUCAUGUUCUUUCUCUGGAUUCAACGGGGCAUCUCUCUAUCCUCGAAAGCGAAGAUAAAAACUUCGUGGGCGAUUUUUUAAGCUACAAAGUUUUGAGUUUUUAGAUCAGUUUUGGAAGUUUUGUCUGCUCUUACUUUCUGGGGGUUUCGGUUUCUUCUCGUUGUCGGCAUCUUCUGGUUUGGUUCUCGAAGUUUUUGGCGUGGUGGGUCUGUGUGUGUAUGUGUGUGAUGGGGAGUAGCGAUGAGCGCAACAUCAAGGCCAUUGAUGCAUCGGUAGGAGGUUUGGUCUGGGUCCGCCGUCGAAACGGGUCCUGGUGGCCUGGUCGGAUUAUGUGUCUUGACGAGGUUCCUGAUGGUUGUCUGGUUUCCCCAAAAGCAGGCACUCCGAUAAAGCUCCUGGGUCGUGAUGAUGCAAGCGUGGAUUGGUAUAAUCUUGAGAAGUCUAAGAGGGUGAAGGCAUUCCGUUGUGGUGAGUAUGAUGCUUGCAUUGAGAAGGCAAAGGCUGCUGCAGCCGGCUCGGGUAAGAAGGCCGUCAAGUAUGCUCGCAGGGAAGAUGCCAUCAUCCAUGCUCUCGAGAUCGAGAAUUCUCACCUUUUAAAAGAUCAUCCUGAUCUCCAAAUGACGAAACAGAAUUUACCUGUCGAGAAGACGAGUUCAUCUAGGGAGAUUUCUAAAAGGUUUCGUUCUAGCAAAGACAAUGAGAAGACAACCGAUGUAGGAGAUGCUAAAGAUGAGGCAGAUUCAGGACCAGAGCUGUUGCAAUCCGGUGUGUCCUUUCAAGAAGCCAAUAAUAAUUUAGUUUCCAGGGAGCGGUCUCUGUUGGAAAAGAGAAGAAGAAGAAGAACCCCUAAUGACUCGGAAGAUGAUGGAACUGAAGGAAUCAAACGGAUGAGAGGGCUUGAAGAUCUCGGAAUGGGAAUAGGGUGCAAAGGGAAAGGACAGGCCACUGCACUGGUCGAGCAUAUCAGACACGAAAAUGGUUUGCUAUGUGAUGUAAGUCUCAAUGAUGGUACGAUGCCUAAUGGGAAUCUUGUAAAUGGCGAAAGGGUUUGCUCUCCUUCACUAAAAAGAAAAAGGUCCCAGGUUGUAAAUGCCAAUGAGCACUCAAGGCGGAAAAAUAGACGCCGACCAUUGACCAAGGUGUUGGAGAGUACAGCCAUGGUGUCUGUUCCAGUUACCUGUGAUCAAUUUGUCAGUUCUGAUUGCUCGCCUCUUACGGGAUUUUCUGAUGGCAAACUCUCGGGACUGGAGCCUAUUGAACCAGUGAAAAGUGUAUCCACUGUGAUCAACAAUAACUCAGAUAGUACGGGGGUCUCUUGCGAGAAUGCUAUCUCGUUAAAUGCUUCAGAGAAUGUUGUUGAAACAUCACAUAACAAGUCAAAAGAUAGUGAAAUCUCAAGCAUAUCGGAUUUGGCGGUGAAUGAAUCCUCUGACAGAUUGUUUGAUGUUCCACUAAUCGGAGAGGAGAAGCAAUCUGCAGGUUUUCCUUCGGCUUUUACAUCUUGCUCGCCCAGGAGAGGUCUAGUUUCUGGAUCGACGAGGCCCUGUAGUCAGAGCAGUCAUGACGAUGUGUUUAAAAAGGAGGGCAGGAAUGUUUCUGUCUGUAUGAGUCCCGGAGCAAAACGUGUUAGCGGUAGUAUCAAUGGGAUUGAGAAGAGCACAUCGAAGUGGCAGAUAAAAGGAAAGAGGAAUUCGAGACAGAUGAGUAAGAAACAAGAAGCGAGAAGAACAGCAGAUGCAGAUGAAACAAACGAUCCUCUGUCUCGAUUCUUCAUGUCUGGUCAAAGAGGACAGCCUCGUUUGAGCGCCAACUCGUGUUAUAUGACCCGGGGAGAUCAAACGGAAAGGAAUUCCGGGCUGUACGAAGUAAAGAUCGAGGUGAAAGCCAACUAUAACAAACCAAGAAACGUUCCUCUAGUUUCUCUUAUGAGUAAACUGAACGGGAAAGCCAUAGUUGGGCAUCCAUUAAGUGUUGAACCGUUGGAAGAUGGCUCAUGUGACCACCACCACAUCGUCAGGGCCUUUGAUGAUGUUCCCAUGGUUGAUGGUGGUGAUGAUGAUGAUGCUCAUGUGAACCCGAAACCAUCGUCAUCCAAGAAGAAGAAGAAGAAGAAAACGAAUAUGCCUCCACGGAAACCAUCAAAGUCGAAGAAACCAUCGUCCUCCCUGUUGAAAAAGACGAGAAGGCUAUCGGCAUUGACAGGGCAUAAGCCGAGGGGGAGAGGCAAGAAGGAAAUGGAAGAGAAGCCGAAGGGACAAGUCGUGGCGUGUAUCCCACUGAAGCUAGUUUUCAGUAGAAUCAACGAAGCCGUGAAGAGUUCGACGAGACAAAUGCACCAUCAUCGUCCACUGCCGUCCACGGCCAACCCGUGAGAAACCCGUCGGCCUUUGACCCUUUUCGGGGUGGCUUUUUUUUUUUGGGUUCCUUCUGCAUUAUUUUUUGUUCAUUGGCCUGAAAUGGAAGAGAUAUGGCAUUUGUGUACAAUACACUUGAGGAGUUUUAGCUUCUGUAGAGGAAAAAAAACGGGGGAAGUGGCUCUAGAGAAGGUUGAGGAAGGUGGAUUGUAAUGUAAAUAUGAAGAAGUAGAAGUAGUGGAGGUGUAAAAUUGCUAAGUCUCAGAUUUUAGGCUGAGGAUGGAUCAUGACAUUGUUGGCUCUCUACUUUGUUCCUCUUCUUUUUUUUUUUAUGGGAUUUGUUUUAGUUUUCUUUCUUGA